AUGUUCACGGAUCUCAUUACUUCCAGCAAGUUGGGUAUUCUAGCCGCCCUUCCAAUCCUCUACUGGAUCGGCUGGGUUAUUUACGCACGCACUCUACACCCAUUGAGCAACAUUCCCGGUCCAUUCUUGGCGACGGUCUCUCGACUAUGGUACAUACGGAAAAUUUGGUCAGAGGAUGUGGAAAAGGAUGAGAGGGCCCUACACGAGAAAUUCGGUCCUUUGAUUCGCAUUGCGCCGGAUGAAGUGUCAUGCUCCGAUCCUGACGCAUUUGCAGAUAUUUAUCGCUUUUCCAACGCUUUGGAUAAGGCCGAGUUCUACAGACCCUAUAACACCACCGGGUUCAGCCCCCACGGAGACGUGUUCUCAUGCAAGAACGACAAGAAGCAUGGCCAGAGACGCAAGAUUACCAGUAGUGUCUACUCAAUGAGCAAUGUAGCCAAGUCGGAACAGUAUAUUGAUGCUUGUGGCGAUCUUUUGACCGAGCGGUUGGCAAAAUUUGCGGACACAGGCAAGACCUGUGACAUCGGGGAGUGGCUGCAUUGGUACACUUUCGACAUCAUCGGUGAGCUCUUUUAUGGCAGGGCAUUCGGCUUCCUUGAUGAAGGCAAGGAUCAGAAUGAUUGGAUCAAAUCUCUCGAUAAGAUGAUUCCCUUUGUCUGUCUCAUGGGCGUUGCGCCGCCAGCUCUCCGACCUUUCAUCGGCAUCGGAACCAUGCUCACGUCCGCCGGAAAGGAAAUUGCGAAGGGAGUGAAGAACAUUGGCGAAUCCUCCGCGCGGCUUAUGAAGGACGCGUACGAGUCACGCCUCGAGGCCCCAAGGACCGAUAUGGCCCAGCAGGUGUUCGCCAUCUACGAAAAGAAUGGCGAAAAGUACGACUACCGAUGGGGCGACGUCGAGCAGGAAUCGUACGGCGCGCUUUUUGCCGGCAGUGAUACCACCGCGAUCGCCUUUCGAUCCCUUUUCUACCACCUCAUGCACAACCCUGACAUCUAUCGCCGCCUCGAGGCUGAAAUCGACCAGGCCGUCAGCGAGAGUCGGCUGAAGGCCUUGCGCAUCCACCCCGGAGCACAGCUCUCUUUACCACGUACUGUGCCUCCACAAGGAAUGACAAUCAGCGGACAGUUCAUUCCUGGCGGCUACACUGUUGGCAUAAAUGCCGCUGUUCUGCACUUCGACAAGAAAGUGUUUGGUCAGGACGCGGAGAGCUUCAACCCCGAUCGAUGGUUGGACACUUCCCGUGCCAACUACAUGGACAAGUAA